UUAAUAAUAUAUAUAUAUAAAUCCCUAAUUCCCCUAAAUCCCCUAAUGACCUUACGUCCUUAGUCCUUACGCAGGCAACGCAGCUCGGCUGCUCCAGAGACCAGAGAGGCAGAGUCGCAACUCCAGGCUCCAGGUACGCCGCCACCGCCACCGAGCAGCCGCCAGACCGCCACCGCCACGGCCCAAGUCGCAACUCCGGUCCCAGUUGAAUCGCAGAUUCGCAGCGGCCGCCCGGCAGUCCGCCACCGCCCAGUCGCCCACGCAGCGCCGCCGCCCUCCCGCAGCUUGUUGAGCCCACUACAUAUUAGUGGCCCAACUAGGCAAUUUCAUCAUCGCUCAGAUGCUCACUACCUGAUUCUGCCCCUUCAGUUUUGCCGCCCUCUCGGCUGUGAUCUAUGGCCUUUCGCUCUCAGCAGCUCUCACGCUUUUCAGCCUAAUUAAGCCACAAUCUUCUUCGCACUUCUCGUCCAAAGUUGUUUGCUUCUAGGAGGUGCUUGUGUUUCCUGUUGCUAACACAGAACAAUGGACUGGGUUGCUGUGCAUAAAAUCUGGGAUAAAUGGGCUUCUAACCAUGUUGGUUGUUCAGGUCAAUCUUUGAAGGCUGCUUUGCUUAUAAAUUAUGACCCAAAUGGACCAUCUCGUCUUCUUUCUACCAUUGCAGAACAAGAAGGGAUAAAAGCAGAUCCAAUGGAAUUGAGUCAACUUGUUAAUUUUGUUAAGAGAAACAAGUUCCAGAGUGAGACCUUUUUUAUCGGGCAGAAUCAAUAUCUUGUCACAUCAAUUCAUGAGACUUGGUUCUCUGCAAGAUGCUUGAACACUUCUAAACCUGCUGGUGAAGGUGUGAUUAUCAUGCAAACAUCGGCAUUCCUCUUGGUUGGACUGUAUGAUGGCUCUAUAGGCCCAGCAUCUAGUGCAAUGGUAGCUCUUGACCAGUUUGCAUGGCAACUAAAUCGAAGAAAUCUUUGAAUUUGGGAUGCUUGGGUGUGUCAAGUGUAUAGUGUUCAUGUUAAGAUUCUAGAGUUCCUUGCGUUUUGUAUACAACCAUGGAGAUCUGGAUCAAGAACUGGACUGGAAGCAACUUUUGUUACAUGGGUAAGGGCAAUCUAUCUUCUGAAAGUCACUUCUGUCAAAAAACCAUUCUCCAGCCGCUUCUGCAAUUGUCUGCACAUUGCAUUUUCAUCAAAACAUGUCAAUAGAAUCCUAGUACUCUCUGCCAUUUAACAUUAUAGUACCAUGUCACCCGUAUAAAUUACCUUAUUGAACAACCUAGGAGAGUUGGGGCUGUGCCACAAGUUCUGCAAUUCAGUGUGGCAGUGCAAAUAACAGGAGUUGAUAUAGUAUCCUCUUGCUGAAGAUGGUCCUAGUUCGUUCAGUGCUCUUACUAACUCGGAUCUAAAACCUGGAGAUUUAUACGGAAAAAAAAAACAUUUGUUUUUAUUAAAUGCUAGAUGUUUUUUAGGGAAAAUCAACCUUUUUCAUCCAUGUAUUUUUACAAAAUGAUUGUUUCAGUCUCUCAAAUUUUGACAUAGCAUUAUUGACUCCAAUUUUUUCACAAGGUGGUAGUUUUGGUCCCCUUUCUCA